AUGUUCCCUCGACGAUCUUGUCUGGCUCUGCCAACUAUAGCCAGAUUUGUGCGGUUUAAUGGCAGCAGCAGCCACCCAGUUGCUACUCGACAGCUGGAAUCGGAGGCUUCUGCACCAUUGACAGAAGAAGAGUUUUCUUCCAUGAUUAUUCAUGGACGUAGCCUCUACCCCCCGUCAUACCACCCCCGCACUCAUUCAGUUCCAGUCGCUCAGCUGCAGUUCCGCGCAUAUCACCCACAAUUUCUUGAACUGUACAUGCAUUUUGUAGGACAUGCAGCUGCAGCAUUAGGCAUCCCAAUUUCACGCCCGGUGUACUUGCCAACACAACGCUCGCUAUGGACUGUACCUCGUGGUCCGUUCGUGCACAAAAAGAGUCAAGAGAACUUCGAGCGGAAGGUGCACAAACGUGCAAUUAAAGCAUGGGAUGCAGACCCCGAGGUCGUCGACCGUUGGGUGCGGUACAUCGCUCGACAUACAAUGCCUGGAGUUGGGCUGAGAGUGACUCAAUGGAAGAGGGCACCUCCUGGUAUCGGACAACAGAUGGUAGAUGCAGCCGUAGGCUCAACCAGACUAGGAUCCAGUGCCGACAACGUUAAGGCGUUGGCAAAGAAAAUUGUGCAGCAAGAACUUUGA